CGGAGCUACCGGCUUUCACUUCCUGGAUGUCUUCUGCUGAGAGUGCUUCACCAUGAAAAUACUCACUUUACUCUCCCUUUUUGCUACAAACGUGUUGGCAGACAGCGUUAACAUCGUGGACAGCGCCGGGCAGUUCUUUAGCAGUGGUCAUACAAACAACUGGGCUGUUUUAGUGUGCACCUCCAGAUUCUGGUUCAACUAUCGACAUGUGGCAAACACUCUGUCCGUGUACAGAAGCGUCAAGAGGCUGGGGAUCCCUGACAGCCACAUAGUCCUGAUGCUGGCUGACGACAUGGCCUGUAACCACAGAAACCCCAAACCUGCCACGGUGUUCAGCCACAAGAACAUGGAGCUGAACGUGUACGGAGACGACGUGGAGGUGGACUACCGAGGAUAUGAGGUGACAGUGGAAAACUUCCUGCGAGUUUUGACUGGACGGCUUCCUCCCAGCACGCCACGCUCCAAACGCCUCCUCUCUGAUGACCGGAGCAACAUCCUCAUAUACCUGACAGGCCAUGGCGGGAACGGCUUUCUGAAGUUCCAGGACUCGGAGGAGAUUAGCAAUGUGGAGCUGGCCGAUGCUUUUGAGCAGAUGUGGCAGAAAAGAAGGUACAAUGAGCUGCUCUUCAUCAUCGACACCUGUCAGGGCGCCUCCAUGUACGAGAGGUUUUACUCCCCAAACCUCAUGGCUUUGGCCAGCAGUCAGGUGGGAGAAGACUCCCUGUCGCAUCAGCCGGAUUUGGCUAUCGGAGUCCAUCUGAUGGACCGCUACACCUUCUACCUCCUGGAGUUCCUGGAAGACAUCAACCCUUCCAGCAAGACCAACAUGAACGAUCUGUUCAAAGUGUGUCCGAAGAGUCAGUGUGUGUCCACACCGGGACACCGCACCGACCUUUUCCUGAGGGAUCCAGGAAGCGUUCUCAUCACGGACUUCUUCGGCAGCGUCCGCAAAGUGGAGAUCACCACGGAGGCCGUGAACCUGAGCGAGCCCGUCCGGCCGGCGGAGGACAGUGCUGUGAGUGCAGAGAUGCAUAAUGAGAUGUACUCAUACAUAGACCAGCUGCCGGUGUCUGAGAUCAUCCAUCAGAAACCCAAGCAGAAGGACUGGCACCCUCCUGACGGCUUCAUCCUGGGCCUGUGGACUCUGAUCCUCAUGGUGUUUUUCAAGACCUACGGCAUCAAGCACCUCAAACACAUCUUCUGAGGCCUCGGCGUUCCUCCCCGGGCCGGAUAUCAGCGGGCGGGAACGCUGCGGGUCGGGAGUUUUUAACCCAAGCGAUAUCAGAGGGAAGGUAACAGGCUUCUACUCCUGAAAGUGGAAAGAUGAAUGGCACGGCGAAUCUGUGCCGUCCCGCCGGUGUUUUGGGAUGGCUUUGCUCCGCUGAUGGAUGUAAACAGUUGCGUUUAAUUUUCUGUGAAGGGGGAUCAGAGCGGGAGUCGAGCAGCAGGCAGCUGUUCUUACAGUUCUGUGUGCUUCACAAGGACUUCAGCAUAUUUAUUCUGUGUGUGUGUGUGUGUGUGUGUGUUAAUUGUUCUGUUUUGGUAAGUCAUUCCACUGCUGCGCUGAUUUGGAUAAAAAAUGCACUGAAUUGAGUCAGAAGAUAAGAAUUUAAUUUAUUUUGGAGAGCGCGCCGCUCUGCAUAUUUCAGCAGCAGCCUUUUCUUGUUGAAGUGCUGCUCGGGCAGGAAAAGGGAAGCGUGGGACGGGGGCCGGCGGAUUGGCUGUGAGUGGGCCGUGGAGAGAUUGCUAUUUAAUGUCUCCGCCGUCCACAUACAUUACCCCCCUUGACCGUCAUAUCACACUCGUGAAGGAUAACAAUCACACAUAAUCCCAUCUGGCACGAUGGACCCGUCCACUUCCCGUUCGGUGAAUGGCCCUCCCUGUGGAAACAUCCAUUAGCUCUGCAGCCAUGUCCUCCGCUGAUUGUGUUCAGGCUGAUGGACAGCUACUCCUCCGGUCCUCCUGCGUCUCGUGCCGCUGCCGCCAUAAGUGAGUGAUAACGGCGUGAAGCCGCCGGCCGUCCCGGAAAAUAAAUCUCCUCUUCGCAAGGCCUUGUUUCCCUCUCUUUCUCUUCUGUUCUCCCUUUGAAGCGCUGAAACAUUACGGUUCGUUGUUGCGGAGUGUGUGUGUGUGUGUGUGUGUGUGUGCGUGUGCGCAGUGAACCGGCUGCCGUUUGUCUUGGCCUCCUGUCACCAGGCCCCGCCCGUCGGCGGCCCACUGCCACUCUCUGUCGGCUCAAGUGGGAAACAGAUGAAGUUGAAAAUGAGAGCGUCUGCAUGAGGAGGCUGCCGCUGUGUACCUCUCCCCGAUACAUUAUUUAUGCCGCGCUUACUCUUUCUUAUUUCAUGCCAGUUUAUUCCUCCAGCUCUUUCCAAGCAGGACCACCAUCUCUCCUCUUCACCAGUCGAGGCCUUUUUUUAAAGAGAAGUGUGAAGAUUUCGCCUCUUUUCUAUUAAGAUAUUGAGUCAAGGAACAAAACAGAUUUUUAGAUGGUGUUUCUGAGAAACGGCUGUUGGGAUUGUUUGUUUGAGCCAUUAUGAUUGUUAGCAGGACUUGUGAAAUGUGUGCACUCCAAUAAACCGGAGGAAGAGAUCAA